UUCCAGCCACAGAUCAGAGAGCCGCUCCAGCAGGAACUCCAGCGCCACCAGCGAUCACCUCUAAAGUAAACGCCUUUCCUCUGCAGCUAGACUUCAAAACAGAGGAACGGAUCAGGAAGAUCUGAGGAGGGUUGAUCCUCAGCAACAUGAGUCUGAGGAGGAAGAAGGCUGGGCUCUUCAUCAGCUGGCAGAGGUCCUUCUCCUUCUUGGCUCCUUGGAGAAAAGGUAAAGGAGGUAGGAAUGCAGUCCUGGACAGUGAUGUUGUUCUGACGAAACUGAAACUCAUCAGCAACUUCAAUGAAAAGCCACUGAUAGCAGAAGACCCUGGGUCCAGCGUCUCCACAGCAGUAGCUUCUGAGCAGGACACUCUUGACCUGACCAAGACCUCAGAGGUAAACUCCUCGCUCCAAGACAAGCCCGCCUCUAAAUCCCUAUCUGCCAUUUUCUCAGACUCUCGGCUCUCCCGGUUGUACAAGUUUGAAUCGGAGGACUCUGGAGUGGAACUGCCCAGUGGAGCUAACUCUCUGUCCACCCCAACAGGCUCAGAAAAGAGCUUUGAGAUCCACAGUCGAGAGUCCUCCUGUGAUUCCUGUAACUUGGACUCUUCCUCUAAUGAAUUAGUUAUCAGUAACCAGAACUCUGACAAUAAGCAGGCAAAACACUUAGAUACAACAUUAAAUACAGCAGUUGGGCCCCGAGACAAUGUGUUCAAUGGCAGAGACAGAUUUGAACCAUCAGCUCCAACGGUAAAACUGUACAUAGGAGAACAAACAGGCCAGGGUGAGGCUUCAGGAUUCGACUCUGAGGUUUCUAGGGACCAACUAGAACAAUGUGAGGAGAUGAGCUCCUCACAUGAUGAAGAGAAACCAUUAAUGACCAAAUAUGAGGACAGACCAGAACAGGAGCAAGAGACUGAGACCAUGAGGAGGACGGACACCAGGGACAGCCUGGACGACUACAUGGACACCUGCUGCAGACUCACUGAGACCCAGCAGCAGAUCUCCAGACCUCUGGGCCCAGGGCUGGGUUACCUGCAGCUCAUCUGCCAGCUGCUGGAAAAAAUCUGUCAUCAGCAGGAGAUCAACAUCCAGCUGCAAAGGCAGGUGUGUGUCCUGCAGAAGGACAGCAGGAUGACAACGACUAAGGAGCAGUUCUUCCAGCAGUACUGCAGCUGUGGUGCUGCUAUCCUGGCCUUCCAGAAUUACCCACCGAAAAGUGACUCCCUGUCUCCAAGUGGUACUUUCUCUAAUCUAUCCACCAUCCCAGAAGUCAGCUGGUCAACAGCCAGGAGAAGAGAGGACCAGUCCGCAUGGAGAAGGACCUUCAUGGAGGAGCAGCUCCGUCUCCAUGGCGAUGACACAGAGGACAGGAGUCCUGGACUGGGCAGGCUCGGUGAAAUCUACACGUGGGGCCGAGACCUGGUGAGGAAAACCAAAGAGAGGAACCAGAGCAGACUGGGAUUAACUCCCGCUUCACUGAAGCUAUCCUGUCCUCAGCUCUACAGGCCUGGUGAAGAACACAUGGAUAAAGGUGGAAGAAGCAGGAGCUCCAUGGCUGCCCUAGACCACAGGAACAAACCAGACCUCUGGCUUUAGCAUCCAGAUCGAAAUGGACUCACUUUGAGAAGAGGACCAUGAGGUUCUAGCAAGAACCUUGGAGACCUUAAAGAAAACAAGAUGAAGAGAGGAAGAUGAGUGUGGAAAGUAGGAUCAGUUGUAAGAGGCGAAUGCGUAACAAUGAUUUUCCUGCUUCUGAACUCUGUAUGAAGGUGGAAACGUUUGAGGCUACGCUGCAUCGGUGGGACAUUACACUUCAUUACUGACGUUUGGACGGUACGGAGGGUUUAGGAACAGAUCGGAACCAGCUGCUGUUUUUUAUGUAAUGUUUUCAAUGUCAAUAAGUAAAGUUUUUUUUUUAAGAUGAAUCCAUGGUGACCCUGUAUGAUUACUCUGUUAAUGACCUGGAUUCCUUGGGGGUUCGGGGGGUUAUGAUCAGUACUCAAGUAAAAAAAAUUUUUUUAAAUCAUCCCCUUCUUAAAUGACCAUCCACUGUGACAUUUUAUCACUGAAUGUAUAAAAUCUCUAUUAUAUAUUAACAGUAGUGGCAAUAGUAUUGCCCUUUCAACAUUUGGCAGGCUGUGGGCUUACGAGUAGCCUGACCAAAUUACGGUGGCCCAGAGGGCAAUAGUGAUUUCAUUUUUGACCUCAGUGGCUCAACCUGUGGAGCAGUUGACGAUGUUCUGAACAGCAUCACGGCCAAGCGGCAAAGACAACGCGAUUUGAGGGACUUUUUAAAUAGGCAAAAACAAUGCUUCAGGCAAGUCAAGAGUCAGAAGACAUUAGCCUUUAUAAGCUUACCAGUGUGUCACCAAAUAUGUAGGAGUCCUAACCUCUGGAAAUAGCGAGAGCAUGGAAAACUAGGUAAACUAGUUUGAAGCGAAAACAUUUUUCUGUCUUUAAAGUUGUCAUGAAUGAUAGACCAAACCUUAUAAAGUGGAUGGGAAUAAAGUUUGGACAUAC